AUUUUUUGGGUCAAGGAAGCUACUUUCAGCACUCAGUCAGAGGGAGGGACCAGAAAGGAAACAGCAAGUCUAGGCAACACUAUGGGAUGGAGGUGUGAGCUUGCUUGCUGAAGGGGAAUAAAAUGAGCCUCAGACGGACAUUUCUCUUCCUUUCGCUGGUGGGAGCAAUCGCCACGCUUCAAUGCACGGAACUUCCUGUACGCGUUAAGCGAAGUGGCCGGGAAGGUCAGCUAAGAAUAGUCAAAUGCAGAGACCCAUUCACCAAACAGAUCUACAAUCAGAGGGAGAGUUGGCUCCGCCGAGCCAAGGAACGAAUUGAAUACUGUCGGUGUGAGGACAAUGGCAUCUCCUGCCAUGCGGUGCCCAUCCGAGGCUGUAUAAAGCCACUUUGCUUCAACGGGGGCCGCUGCCAGCAAGCCUUGUACUCGCCCAACUUUUUCAUUUGCUUCUGCCCUCCAGGCUUCACGGGGAAGUACUGUGAAAUUG